AUGCCUUAUCCCAGUGUAAUAGUUGAGCUGACUGAACGACUGUGCAACUGGCGGUCUGUUUUUCCUGGGCUGCCAAGAUGCCCCAUACCCGCACAACUCAGAGCCUCACAACUUUCCAUAAGCCCCGCCCCAAACCUGGGCUUGACUUUCAUUGGCCCGGUUGAGCUUACAUGUCCUUGUGUGAUCCAGUGGAAGCCUGAAAGAAGGCUGUUCCGAUUGGUCGAUGAAGCCUUGUUCCUCGCUGGAAAAGUCCAUACAGCCCAGAAUCAGGAAGGAAGUAGUGUCCUUGGGACAAGUGCCCCGGCAGUCUCCAGGAUCGAGUCUCCCAGCCCACCCAAAAACUUCAUGCCUCCCUCCUACAUUGAACAUCCACUGGAUUCGAAUGAGAACAACCCCUUCUACUACGAUGAUACCACCCUCCGGAAACGAGGGCUGCUGGUGGCGGCGGUGCUGUUCAUCACGGGAAUUAUCAUCCUCACUAGUGGGAAGUGUAGGCAGUUGUCUCAAUUUUGCCUGAAUCGCCACAGAGCCUACAGAGUGAUCAACAUGAAAGAAUCCUUAAAGGAAGAGGCCACUGGAGGGAGUCAGGCCUAAAGCUAAUAAUGGUCUUCCCACCCUGAGGAGAGAGGUCUCCCUAGGCACUGCUGUGGCCCUCACUAUGCUGU